GAGUAUUACGAGUGCUAUAACCAUGGUGAUAUUGCCAUUAUUGUUGUGCGCUGUACCGCUGGUAGCGGCUUGGGGCGCAACCGACAUGAUAGGCAAUGGCAGAUGGAUUACAAAGAAUGUCGCGAAGUGUCCAGACGACAGUAAGUACACCACCAAACUCGAAAUAAGCAGGAAAAAAGUUAAUCGGACCCACGAUGGCUUUAACUUAAAUGGAGACCUGGACUUUGUGUUGGACAAUGAACAUGGUAUCUUCAUAGAUGCGUGCAAGUACAUGGACGGCGGCUGCAAGCCAUACCAGACGUUUGCCGACGACUGUGCGUGUUGUUUCUUGAAGAAGCACGCAGAAUCUAACAUGGUGGAAAUUUUCACGAAGGCGGGAAUCGAUCCUCCCGAUUGUCCUAUCCCUAAGGGAGCAUUGGUCGUGAAAGACUACGUGUUCAACUACAACGCGUUACCAGAGAAGGGCAUAUACGGAACGUAUGAUGCAAAAAUUUACCUUCUCCAGCCAAAAGUAGGGGAGAACCCGCCAGAAAAAAUUGGUUGCGUUCUACUAACUUUGCAAUUUGAAAACGAAACUGAUUAAAUAUAUAAAAUGGGUGUGCUGGGGUAAGUUCGGGUCAUGGGGUAAUACCGAUAGGUUAAAAUUACUGCUAAAUUGUAAGUAAAUUUAAUUCAGUGGCAAACAAUUAUGGUAAUUUAUAAAGUAGAAUUUAAGGCUAUCAUUUCAAUGUCAAGAUAAUAUGACGACGUUAUCCCGUAAUUCGAACUUACCCUAAACUAUAAUAUUUACACGUGCCGUUUAUUAGCACAUUAUAAUUUAAUAUUUUUAUUAAGACAUAGUUAUGUAUGUAUCCUCACUGUAUUAAAACAAAAAUGGUUAUACGAGGUAUAGAUGCUUAAAAAGGUAUCUAGCUUCGGGAUGACCAAAAAGAUUAAUUAUAGCUGCACAAAAUAACAUAAUAUUGUAAUUUUAGACCUAAAUAACGUGUAAUUAUAGUUUAAAAUAAAAUAUACAACACCAACUAAGCAUUAUUAAUUAUCAGGUCCUUUAUGGACGAUCAACGUUUAUCCUAUUUCACUUCCUGAGAAAAUAGCGUCCCAUGUUUAUUCUCAGAGUUAAACAGAAACAGCAUGACAUCACCUAG